UGUUCAGUCUGUUGUUAGUUAGAUUUGAAAUUCUUGAACGAAGUAUUUUAUUUCUCAGCGAGAUGGAUAUACAUUUUCGAUUUAAUAGAAACGAGAUAAAAGAUUGGUAUAUCUGUGUAAACAUUUUACGUUCUUAUGAUAUUUUUUUGGCUAAAUACCCACUGAGUUAACGCGCAAUGGGUGAACCGUUGAAAGGGAUUAAAGUUCUUUAUAUAGAGAAAGUUUGUCCAUGAAAUAUGCAUAAAAUCAAACAGGUGAAUAAAGCUUUGCGAAAGAUCGAUCCAAUCAGCGGUUUUGGAAGUGCGAUGUUGGUUGUGGUAGAGCGUAAUAUUGGCGGUUUAAGAAGGGCAGCCAAUUAGAAAAGUUGACGAAUAUCGUCGGUCGGUACUUAGGUGCGUGUGUUUGUACGAGUGUAUAUAGGUGACGGUCGUGAAAUAUAGUAGCAGCCAUCUUAUAUUUUGUGUCGGAGAAAAACAAUUUGGCCGUAGAAAUGUUUCGCGAUUGUCCGUGAAGCCGCUCGAGAACGGGAGGCGUGCUCUCGAUGAGGCGUGACGUUUUUCGACCCUAGCCCGGACCACUACAAUAGCAAAGGUGGAUUGGUACGCAGGAUAUGAGCAGCUUGUCAAGCGCAACCUGACUCUGCUCCCCCAUCAAGAAGCAGUGCAGCAGCAGGAGCCACAAUCGCAACAGCUGGCUCAGCAGCAACAGACUGAUAUAAUGACAUCCAUGUUCGAACAACAAAUUAAAAGCGAACCCAUGGGGUUUUAUUCUGUUGCUUCGAGCCGUUCAGAUGGUUCAAAUUCUAUGGUGAAUUUGUCGGAUGAUCGUGAAGACCUUUCUCAGCAAGAAGGUCACCUACAACCCCAGCAACAGACUACGUUACAAAUAAGUCAGCAACAGGGUCAACAACAAACUCAACAACAGAAUCAACAGCAAACGCAACAACAGGGUCAACAACAGCAGAGUCAGACUGUGCAACAAGAAGUUCCAAACCGUCAAUCUACUGGACAACAAACUGUGAAAGAGGGUUCACGGUCGAAGCCACAGCCCUGUAAGGUAUGCGGCAAGGUGCUAUCCUCUGCUUCGUCGUACUAUGUACAUAUGAAGCUUCAUUCAGGCAACAAACCAUAUCAUUGUACGGUAUGCGAAGCAAGUUUCUGUCGGAAACCAUACUUGGAAGUGCACAUGAGGACGCACACAGGAGAAAGACCUUUCCAAUGUGAGCUGUGCUUGAAAAGGUUUACUCAAAAGAGCAGUCUUAAUACUCAUAAACGUGUGCAUACAGGAGAAAGGCCGUAUGCCUGCGACAUUUGUCAGAAACGUUUUGCAGUGAAAAGCUACGUGACGGCACACCGUUGGAGUCACGUUGCUGAAAAGCCGUUGGUGUGCGACAGAUGUUCUCUCACAUUCACGUCCAAGAGUCAAUUCGCAAUACACAUCCGUACCCAUACUGCAAGUACCACGUACGAGUGUAACAUAUGCGGACGUACCUUUGUACGCGAUAGUUAUCUCAUACGACACCAAAAUCGAGUACAUCGUGAUAUGAAUCAAAGCAGUACGAAUCACAAUCCAUCUACGCCCCAGAGUACCGGUGCUGGCACUCCAGGUACAGGUUUCGAAAGUCCGGUUUGCGAUUUACGCUACAGCGAAGGACCUUCCUCGUUGGACGGCUUAGCAGGUUCGAAAGGAGGGAUCGCGGCUGAGAUCGCGAGUUUAGCCAAGCAAAACAAUCUUCAACUUCCUCUACCGUUGCUACAUCCGCAGACUACCAACUAGUGUUUAGACGACAACGUGUCCGAGUCCCUACCGCAACAUCAACAGUCACCGCAGCAAGUAGUAUGUCCCACCUCGGCGUCCUCGCCGUUCACACUUAAUUCACCAGUGUCUCACGAGCACACCACACCGCAGAGUGUCUACCAAACGACAGGCUCUUCCAGUUCGCUGGAUAGCCUCAACUCCCAACUUUAUCCGCAAAUAUCGUCAUCCCCCAUAGAUUCAUCGGAGUCGCAUCAUCAAUCGCAGCAACUGCAUCGCGGCAUUCCUCCGCCAGGGCUUCACCCUGCUCUGUAUCUCUACGCUCAGUACUCGAAUACUACAAGCAGCUCUCCCACCCCGUACCCCGAAUAUAUUCAACGCAACAAUGAGUAAGUCAGUUUAUGCCAGCAAUCACGAUUUUUACCACGAACGGAGUGACGAUUCGCCCGAAACGCGAACUCUUUGAUCGCGUCUCGUUUAAUGGUGCUGGUUGAACAAAGUGCCUAAAGAGCAUCCACUUUCUGGAUCACGACGGAUGCUUAAUCACAAUCGUCGAUUAAUCGUUGAUAUUAAACAAUUUUUACGCACCGACUAAUUUUUAUUUCGAUCUUUUAACAAAUGGAGUGGAUCAAUUGUGAAUUGAUUACCGUUUUGCACGUGUCUAUCUCACUUACAUACUUCUCGGUCCAUUUAAUGGAUUAUCUAAAUACAGACGCUGAUAAGCGUAUUUUAACGAGAAUGAAAUAGCACCGUUCAAAGAGACGUGCACCACACACCACACGAUCGACGAAUCGAUUCGUUUCCACGAUCGUUCGAUUUUCCUUGUUUUUACCAAUCUGUCGUGGUAUAUCGAUGUUAGCAUAAACUAACGCGCGCGCGCGUACGUUUCUACGCGAGUUUUCCAAGUUUCCGCACUUCUUGAUUUACCUGUUUUCCAAUCACAUCUGCGAGUACAUAUACAUAUAUAUAUAUCUAUGUGUGUAUAUAUAUUAUGCGCGAACCAUUACACAUACACAUAUUUAUAUUAUAUUUUUAAAGGAGUUUAGUCACUUGGAUCUGUGAUAUAGAUAGUAAUUAUUAACUACAAUGUUUAAACUAUUGGUUUACUAUUUUGAUGAUAUCAAAAUGAGGAAAUAUAAAAAAAAAAGAAAGCAAUGUCACGGAGCGAUGUAGCUAUCAGAAUUUAAAGGACAUUGGUCUCUACCGAAGGUGUUUGGUAGACACCCUACCUAUUACUUUUACAAACAAACAAAUAUAAAAAAACAGGAACAUUACCGUUACUAAUACUACUACUACUACUAUUACUACUACUACUACUACUACUAUUACUAUUACUAUUACUAUUACCACUACUACUACUACUACUACUAUUACUACUGCUACUACUAUUACCACUACCACGACUACUACUACUGCUACUACCACCAUCACUACUAUUACUACCACUACUACACUAUUAGUACUACUACUCCUACUAAUACUAUCGUCCUCCCUCCACUACCAUUUUACCACUGACAUUUCCCCAGCUAUAUAUUAGUCUCGCUAUUAUUACUACUACUGCUACCAUUAACGCUACCACCACCACCACCGCCACUACCACCACCACUAUUAUUAUUAUUAUUAUUAGAAACACGCAAACGUUAGUUCAUUUUAGCAACAUGCAUACCGCGUGUGUCUAUAGGACAUAUAAUCCCAGUCGUCAUGGUUUUUCUUUAGCCUUAAACCGUGGUUAUUUUAUUAUUUUAUUCUUCUUUCUUGUCCUUCUUCUUACUCGUCCUUCUACUCUGCUUCUUCUUCUUCGUCUUCUUUUUCCUCCUCCUCCUCCUGCUCCUCUUCCUUCUCUCCUUCCUCUUACUCGUCGUCUUCUUCUUUUCUGUCCUUCUCUGUGACAUUUCGUUUUAGUCGUAUCCCUUCGAACUAAUUUUUCCACGUGCCCAAUCUUUAUGCGUGUCUAAACGAAUUAGAAACGUGUCCGAAGGUGUCGGUACUCUUUUUAUCACGUAGGACUAUUGUACAGCUUAUGAAUCAGUUCCAUAGGUGUACUUACUUUUCACAUAUCGAAGUGUAUUGUACACACAAGGUACAUAUUGUACAUACGUAUACAUAUACAUAUAGAUGUAUUAUAAAACGAUGAGCGGAUGUGCAGAUCGUACUAAGUACUAGGAAUGUAAUAGCAGGGCUGUUGAUUUUUCUUUUUGAUUAAUGUUAGGUAUUAGUUUUUAGAGAUUACGAUUAUUAUUACUAUUAUUACUACUACCGCUAUUAUCAUUGAAUAUUAUUAACGUUCUGAUUAUUACGAUUAUUAUCGAUCUUUUCAACGUUAACGCCACAAAGUUUAGAUACAGAAAACGGGGGAACCAUGACAGUCGCGAGUCAAAAGAAAAGAAAGGAAAGAAAACGGAUAAAAAACGCGAGAAGGAAUUUUCGUUUCAUUUGAAAAAUUUCGCGCACGGUCCAGUACGCUGUGUAUGUUUGUUUUAACGAUAUACGAAAAUAGAUAAUGGCGUGUGCGCGCACGCGUGCACGCGCCAAGCGAUUUCGAAUCGACAGCGCCAAAAAAGAAAGAAAUAGCAUACACGCGAGUUUUCCAAGUCGAUCAAAGCGAAUCAAAGAGUAAAAAUUGGUAGAGCGGGAAAGAAAGGGAAAGAAAAUCGCGAAGUAAAAAAGAAACGAACAUAAUUGUAAAGCAGGAACGGGACAAAACAUAGAUAUGAUUUAAAAAGUGACAAAAAGGAAACAAAGAGAGAAAGAGAGAGAGAGAGAGAGAGAGAGAGAGAGAGAGAGAGAGAGAAAAGUAUAUUCGCGUUAGCGUGCCUCGAACUCCUUUGUAUAUCGUAGGGUCUGUCUCGGCGAUCCUUUCUGUCUUCACGCUGAAAACAAGAGGAAGAACAAUUCUCUGCGCGCGUAUGCCUGAGGCUUUUGAUUUAAAACGAGACUCGAAGUCACCGGGCAAGACUGAUUUUUAACUCGCAAACGCUUGCGAAAGAACACAAACACAAAAAAAGAAAAAAAAAAAAAGAAAAAGAAACGAAAGCAAAGAAAAGGGAAAAAGAGAGGAAAAGGAACGGUCUUUUUUUUUCGCCUUGCGUUUUUUUCUUUCCGUUGGUUUUUAGGUACACGCGAAUGUCGCACGUAAUAUUUGUAUACGUAUAUAUUUGUAUUCAUGCGAGAAAGGCGAUAGGACAAAGUUCUGUUCGACAUUCUUAGGUGCAAUGAGAACGAGAGAGAGAGAGAAAAAGCGAUGAUCUUCAUGUUGGCUAGUCAUUGUACAGCUCUAUGAGAUACUAAUCGUACUACUAAAGCUGUGAUUAAUAAAGCCUCCGUGCAUAUGUUCGCGCAGCUCCUAAUUAGUAUAGUGAUAACGUAUUUUGUAGCUUGUUACGAUUGUAAGGUACACAGUAGAUAAGCUCGUAGAUAUACCUAGUAAAAAAAACAAGAAGUUGCAGUUCCGAAUUGAUCGGUCGAUUUUUCAUUCCGAUCUCUAUUUUUCUUUCUCUUCUUCUUUUCUUAUUUCCACUUCUAUCCCUUCUAUACUUCUCAUUUAUUUCUCCAUCUCUUCUAUUCUUUUUUUCUUCCUUCCACUUUUCUUCCCCUUCGUUCCUUAUUCCUACAUACGCUUUCUCCUCCCAGUGGUCUCCUUCUUACCUCUUUUUCUAUUAAACGUGCCUUUCCGGUGCUGGACAAGCUGACGUAUCAUCACGUGAGAACAAAAGGAAAGGUUCGAAGGAAAUGAUAGAAUAUAACGAGCGUCGCUCGUUUCAAGUAUCCUGCGAGUUGUUAUGUUAUUUGAGAUAGCAUCGGGAGUUUGUCCUUUUUUUUUCCCUAUCCGUUUUUUUUCUCGGAUUUUAUCUCAGAUUUUUAUUCGUCUCGUCCGUAUUGUAUCGCUGCAUCGUUCAUUUUCGCGAAGCGUACCGUGUGAAGGAUCUUGUGAGAAUAGAUUUUACGUGUGUCGUUUAUAGUUGUUUUCACGUAGCAUUUUGGUUUUUAUAGAAAGAUGUAAUUAUUCUUAGGAAGUUUCGUUUGUUGUUUAGGUUUAAUUGCGUGAAAUUUGUGUAGGGUGAUGAAUCGGAGAUUAACGUUUAGUAGCAGUAUUACGUGUAAUAAUAAUAAUAAUAAAAAAUCAUAUAACAUAAAAAAAUAUCAGUAAUCUCGCAAGAUUUCACGAAAAUAUUCGCCCAUUGACGAACCGUACUACAGGAAUGAUGUCGAGCAAUUUUUAUUCUCACACGUUUCGUUCAAAUCUUUUGUAUGAAUGGACGUGCUGAUGGAAAAUUUGUAUGGUUGAAUUCCUUUUGUUGUUUUCAUCAUCGACGCACCCUUAAAUUUAUUUCUUGUUUGUACUCUUAUAGCGUAAGAGUUCGUUUAAAGGAAGCGAUGGUUGAAAAUUUAAAUCAGAGAAUCUACUGCUUCAUUUUGGCAUCAUGUAUUUCUACAUUGUCGUCAAACGUUAAAUCUUAACAAUGAGCUUAUUUUCGUAAAUGGUUAAAGGCGAUGCAGAAAAUUGACGUUUUCGAUUUUAGAAAACGACGAACGAACAACAGUCGCUCGAUCGACAAUGUCGAUUUAUUUCUCAACGAACCUUCUUUUUUUUUUAUAUAUGUAUCGAUGAAAAACGACGAGAACUGUUUCACACAAUGCGCUCUAGUAACACGGUUGGUAGGUACGUCAGGAAUGUUGUCCAGCAUCGAAACGUGCAAACCUCGUAUCUUCCGGAUCAUUUAACGAUCUCAGUAAUUUCGACCGCCAUUCCGCGGACGUAAGUUAGUACGUAACACGAGAAUUCUUAUUUUCGUUCGUGACGUGUAUAUCAAAGAUCCGUGUAUUUUUCAUAAGAAGAAGGGAGGAAGAUAGGUCCUUUCUUUGAAAGAGCACGCGUCGGACCAAUAUGUAAGAAAAUUUAAAAAAGUAAACCAAAAAAGUGGGAAAGAAAGCAAAGUAACAAGAAGAAGAUCGAUGGAAAAGUGCGUAACAAAGAAAAGAAAAAAGGGUAAAGGAAAGGACAGUGGAUGAAUGGCAGAGAGACAAAGGAACGCGUAUUUGGACGAUGUGGGCGAUGGAUGAAUUAAUUAAAAAACAUCUCGCGCCUGGUGUCGUCGUACAUCACAUAGAAAUACGCUGCAUCUCUUUUCUUUUUUGUUACCUUCUUUCUUCUAUUUUGUUAGUUUUUCUUUCUUGCUACUUUUCUUCGUUUUAUUCGUUAGGACGCGAGAAACACGCGAUCGGAAUGUUAAUUUCGCGUUUAGCUGAGAGUAGAAAGGAAGAGAAAGGUCGAAGGUGACUGGUCUCGCGGAUGUGUUCCUCGCAAAAAUUGUCCUGGUCGAGCUUUUGUAUAUACACAUGUAUGUAUACACGUUGUACGUAGUUGACCUGUAAAGGAAUCAAAAUGGAGAGGGGGGGAUUAAAGAAGAGAGACAAAUAGGCAGAUAUCGUAUAGUAUAUCGUAGAAGUGCCACCCACCUUCUAGAGAAGUCGCGUAGUUAAGCGAUUACACGUAGCAGCUAUUUUUCAAUCGAAUCUCUUGAGGUCGUCGUCGGUUUAGAAUUUUCUUUGUUAUACACGGAACCAGCAUUCUUCAAAAAUCCUUCUCGUAUAAUACGCGAACCUGUCUUCUUUCGUUUAACGAGGGUCUUCUCUCUUAGCAUCGAUCUCUCUCUCUCCUCCCUUUUUCGUUAUUUCUGUCUUUCUCGUUCGUUGAAACGAAUUUUUAACGUUUAAAGUAUUAUUCUUGUAUCCACGACCUGUGUAUAUAGUCUUAAACUUCUCAUCGUCCUUCUUCUUCUUCUUCUUAUAUUGUUCUACCGCGAGUGAACGCGAGAGGCAGAAUGUCCGAGCUGUUAAAAAAUUUCGUCGUUUUGAAACACGCUUCUUCGGUGUCACGAAGCUCGAAUCGUUGUCGCUCGCGUUUUUCCUUUUGUCGUUUUUCUUUAUUUUUAUUUCUUUUUUUUUUGUGUUCCUGCAUCUUCCCUUCUCUUUUUUAUAUGUGUAGAGAGAAAAAGAUUCGUCGAUUGAAAAGUUAGAGAGAGAGAAAGAGAGAGAGAGAGAGAGAGAGUAGCGACGUAGAUGUAUCGAUUUAUUCUUCUUAUUUUGUACGAAAACGCGGAACAAUUUUGUGCUGCGAUUCCUCGCGUCAACUUUUCUUCGCGGUGAUACGCGUUGGAGAACGCAUCGACGAAACACGAUCACAGCCAUUUGUAUACGAGAAUUGUUCGAAACAAGUUAUUAUUUGUUGCUCUAAAGGGGAAUCGAAA